GAUAAAAAGUUUAGAGUAUUUUUAAUUUGACGAUAAAUAUUAAAACCGUUGUUACGUAUCGUACCUAACGACAAGAACAAAAAACUGUUAUGCAAGCAUAAGUGCUGUAAAAUUAGUGCUUCAUUAGUUGUAUAAAAAUAGUUAUUGAAUAAAACAUUCGUCAUGGAUUACUCUUCAAAACCUACUUGUCAAUUCAAAAUUCCUGUUUUCCAUCCAACCAUGAGUGAGUUUAGGAACUUUCCAAAGUAUAUUGAUUACAUCGAAUCACAAGGGGCCCACAUGGCUGGUCUGGCCAAGAUCAUUCCACCAAAAGGAUGGGUCCCUCGGCGAGGGGGCUAUGAGGACAUCAACAUCACCAUCUCCUCCCCCAUACAGCAGGUUGUUACUGGCAACAAAGGUCUCUUUCAGCAAUUCAACAUCCAGACCAAACCAAUGACAGUCAAGGAGUUUGCCAAAUUAGCUAAAAGUUCAAAAUACAGUCCUCCAAAAGGAGAUGUUGAAGAACUGGAGAGGAAGUUUUGGAAGAACCUAACCUUCAAUGCCCCGAUCUACGGAGCAGAUUUAUCAGGAUCAAUAUACGACGAGGACCAGCCACUGUGGAACAUCAAUAACUUGGGCACCAUACUCGAUCUCGUCGGCAGCAAGUACAACACAAAGAUCGAAGGAGUCAACACUGCCUACCUCUACUUCGGCAUGUGGAAGACCUCGUUUUGCUGGCACACAGAGGAUAUGGACCUGUACAGCAUCAACUACUUGCAUUAUGGGGAGCCAAAGUUUUGGUACACCAUUCCUCCACAAGAUGGAAGGAGAUUCGAGAGACUGGCUGAAGGAUUUUUCCCAAACGAGUUGAAGAAAUGUCCUGCCUUCCUACGCCAUAAGAUGACCCAAAUCUCACCACAUGUUCUCAGGAGAUACAGCAUUCCAUACGAUACGGUCUUGCAAAGAGCAGGUGAGUUCAUGAUAACAUUCCCUUACGCCUACCAUGCCGGCUUCAACAUGGGGUACAACUGUGCUGAGUCGACCAACUUUGCAUCGAGGAGGUGGAUUGACUAUGGGAAGAACUGUUUGCAGUGCACCUGCAAUGACGACAUGGUUAGAAUAGACAUGGAUGAGUUCGUUAAGACCUACCAACCCGAGAGAUACGAAGCCUGGAAGAGAGGGGAGGAUAGGUGCCAUCCAGAGGGGGGUGUUAAGAAAAUCCCGUCAAGCAAAAGCGUUGUUGGCGGUAAGAGUGGUGCUAAUAACAUCGGUGAUGAUGGCAAUGAUGGCCAGGCAACCAAUCAAAUGAGCUGCACAUUUGGGUGGGAAUUUUUAAAAUUUCAAUUUAAUAAAAGUUUACAAUAUUAUGCUUCGGCUUGA